UUAAAUUACAUGCACCACUGGAAUUUUGCCGUUGUUGUUUACCGGUAAACAUUAUGUCUACGAGUAUCGAAAGUCUUCCAGAUCAAGUUUUACUUUAUAUUUUUACACAUGUUAAUCAUUAUCACGAUUUUGACUCGAUUCGAUCGGUUUGCAAACGAUGGUAUUUUCUUGCGAUUAAAGCUGCUGCUAUUAUGCAACGGGCUUUUAAAAGAUGUGACCAAUUUAAAUGGUUCAUUUUUUUUUCUUUUUUCUAUCGUUUAUACGACCACCUAUAUUCAUUUAAACAGCGGUGUACCAUUAAUGAAUCAUUGAUGUAUUCUUAUCGUCAUGUGGGUUGUAUAGCACCUCGUUACUAUCACUCAGCGUGUUACCAUCAGGGUUCAAAAUCUAUGUUAGUGUUUGGCGGUUGCACCACAAAUUACACUGCUUUCAAUGAUUUGUGGCAGUUUGAUCUUAGUAGUCGACAGUGGAAACGGGUAGUUAUUAGAAGUUCGCCAUUUCCCAGCCCUAAGGCUCUGGCAACGUUAGUCCCUUAUGGCGACGACGUCUUACUUUAUGGCGGUUUUUCCACAUCUUCGCCGAACCCUUUUCGUUGUUUAUCUAAGUAUUAUGACGAGCUUCAUUUGUUUAAAUUCGACGAGCAGAGAUGGAUUGAGUUAAUAGCGGAAAAUGAGGGCCCAAAAUUGGCAGGCCAUUCUGCAGUAAUUGUGGACGACUCUAUGAUUGUUUUUGGAGGGGUUUCUGGAGAAUAUGCAAGCAAUACAGUUUAUAUUUAUGACAUCAAGAAGUCGCGAUGGUGGUCACCCAGAUUUUUGACCAGGGAAGCCCCUUCUCCUCGAUGUAAUCAUUCUCAAGCAUUAAUUGACCGGAAUCAUUUAUUUAUAUUUGGUGGAAGUGUUGGUCCUAGUGAAGUUUCUGCUAUUAGCUCUUCCAGUUAUGCACUGACUGAUUUGUGGCUUUUAAACUUUGACUUAAGUGCUCCGGACAGGUGGGAAUGGAAAAAAAUAAAGAUAAACAACCAGGAAUUUUCAUCCUGGCAGCUCUGGUUACAUACCGCUUGCAAUGUGGGUCAUAAUCUGGUUGUGCUUGGUUCGCACUACGGUCCACUUGUUGCUGCAAAGGAUCCACUUUGUACUUCGACAUCUGCUACAUGUUAUAAUUGCCCGCCGGAAAUUCUCUUUGAGGGAAGCCGGGAUUUACGUUCAAACUCUGGUGGCAGUGACGCCAAUGCUGAUAAGAGUAAUUUCCUGAAAACAGUUGGGGAGGACCAGAGUAUUUUGCACGGCCCUCAGUUCCAACACAUGACAGCUGUUUAUAUUGUUUCACCUGAUAGCGAUAAGUUUUUAUUAUGCCGUAGUCGAAAUGAUUGUUCUGAAGGUAAUUCGGUGAAGCAGCAGUCAAGGUCUAAUGCAAACUGUGAGCUGAACUCUGAUUUUUUUCCUGAUGGAUCUCAACCAAGCACAAGUCACAGUCAUUUGGAGACGUCGUCAUCGUCAAAGUCAAAGAUACAAGAGCUAGAUAGGACUUAUCCGGGUAUAAAACCGAGAUUUUUGAAGCAAGAAAGGUUCUAUGAUUUAACUGCUGUACGUAGGUAUUUGAAUGUAUACGUUCUGGACCUCUCUUUAGCUAUCUCACACGGAACGGCAAGCAGAGUCAGAUGGGUUGCUUGCAAUAAUAAAAGCUAUCUUGUAAUGUUUCCAUUAGCUUCUUAUAACUUGUGCAGGUGGCGAAAACAAUCUCCGGAGAUUAACGCACCUCAUGAUGUCAGAUCUUACUCAAUCUGUUCUGGUCGUGGUGAACUAAUAGUUUUUGGAGGAGUUUUAGUAACAUACGGAAGAAUUAAAUCGAGUUUAAACCAGCAGCUAACUAAUAACAACACCUAUGUUUUGCAACCGUGCUACGUCAUAUGAAU